AUGUUCGAAAUAACACGACAUUUUUGGGAUGUAAGUGAGGUUCGAAAAUAAAAGAGUUAUUUUAUUGAAAAUUUUCAGAUAGAAUCGUCGAUUUUGGCUGGAGCACAUUUCAUCAUUUCGGCGACUUGUUAUUAUUUCUAUCGAAACGCGUUCGAUUUUCACAAAGAGUAUUUGUAUUCGAAGAUGAGUGUGGAUUUCACUCGCGAAUCGGUGAAUCGAGAUGUGAAGAUUUUUGGCGAUUUGUGUUUUAUGGCGGCUGUGAUUUCGUUUACGAUGAGCUGGUUGUCAGUGAUUUAUACGUUUUUUCCGCGCAAAUUUUUCUCGGCACAAAUUUUUAUGUUGGCGGUAAGUCACGGAAAAAAGCUAAAAAUUCUGGAUUUGCUAGAAAUAUUAGGACUUCUGGCUGAAAAUCACCUCAAAUUUUUUUACUUUUACAGGUUUAUCAACGUGGCUACCUGUACAAUAUCUGGGGAGUUCUUCAAUUCCAAUACGAAAACGCAAAACAAGCACAUUUGCUCAAAAAAUACGCUCAUUACAAGCUCGAUUUUCUAUGGAAAUCCGGAAACCUCAUCUAUUUUUUGAUUUUUGCUCAAAUUUUAAGCGCAAUUUCGAUUAUCGCAUUUCUGAUUUGUUCGGGAUUACAUACGAGAGAUCAAUGGCGAAGAAGAAGAUUUGAGGGAAUUCGAGAAGAAGCGCGGAGAAAAUAUGAGGAAGUGCAGAAAAAAUUGGACAAAAUCAAGGGCUCUAGAAAUCGAAGCUAA